AUGAUGCACUCGGCGCUGCAGAUCCGGUUUGGAGGGACCAAGGGGAUGGUGAGUCUCGACACGCGGCUCGAGGGGCGGAGGCUGCGGCUGCGGCCGUCGCAGAUCAAAUUUGCGUCUGACGAGUGCUCCCUCGAGGUGAACGAGGUGGCUCGCUGCCUGCCAGGCCACCUCAACCGCGAGGUCAUCAUGCUACUAGGCGUGCCCGACCACACGCUGCUCACCUUCUUCCAGCGCGAGGCGCAGCGCGCGGCAAACACCGCCAUCGAGGACGGAGAGCGCGCGCCGCACGAGGCCGCGCUGCUGGAGCAUUCCAGCCCCGAGCCGGGGGGCGCGGCGGCGGACCCGCACUUGCGCGCGAUCGUGCUGGCCGUCCGGUUGCACCGGCUCGAGCUGCUUCGCUCAAAGUGCCACCUGCCGGUCGAGAACAGCCGCCUCGCCCACGGCGUGCUCGACGAGCGGGGCGUGCUGCGGGAGAACCAGAUGUUCCUUCGCGAGCGAUACCGCAUCCCGGGCACCAGCGAGUACUACUCCCGUGUGAUCACCGGCCGUGCCUUCUUCGUCCGCAACCCGUGCUUGCACGCCGGCGAUAUCCGCCUCGUUGAUCUCGUCGAAUUGCCGGAGCUGAUGGAGGCCGAGCUGCUCAACGUCCUCGUCUUCCCGCAGGCCGGGGAGCGGCCUCUCUCGGACCAGAGCGCGGGCGGCGACUUGGACGGCGACAAGUACUUGGUCUGCUGGGACGCGGACAUCGUGCAGUGCCUGCGGGAGAGAGACCCGGCGCCGUCUUACGGCGCGGACGAGGUGCUGAAGGACCUCGGCGCGUCUCGCAUCUCCUCCGCCUUCCGCUCUCGCUCCGCCCGCCGCCGCGCUUCUGCUGCCGGCGGAGGCGGCGGAGGCAGCGGCGGAGGCAGCGGCGGAGGCAGCGGCGGAGGCAGCGGCGGAGGCAGCGGCGGAGGCAGCGGCGGAGGCAGCGGCGGAGGCAGCGGCGGAGGCAGCGGCGGAGGCAGCGGCGGCGGCGAAGCCGGCGGCAGCAGCAGAGCCAGUGGCAGAGUCGGCGGCGGCGGCGGCGGUGGCGGCGGUGGCGGCGGCGGCGGCGGCGGCGGUGGCGGCGGUGGCGGCGGCGGCGGCGGCGGCGGCGGCGGAGGUGGCUAUGGUCGG